AGCUUACCGGUACCUUCUAAGAUAGUGUAACAUGCAUUCCCUCACUUCCUAUGAAACUUUAGGAAAAAUGUUGAUAUACAUGCACUGGGCUUUAUAACAGCUCACUUUACGUAUAUUAAAGGCCUAAGACCAGUGUAUGACCUCAAAUCGGCCGAAUGAAUUGCUUAUGUUUACCGACAGUCAGAACCUUGCAAAAAAUCAAACAAUAUCUCCCUUGAGCCCUAGACAUCCAAUUCAAACUCCAAAAUGAGCAGCAAAUAUUCUAAUAAAGAUGAGAAAAACUCACGAAAACACUCUUCCGGAUUAGAAAAAGUCUCUGCUUCAAAGCAUGCAAGUGGAGAAAUUCAUGCGACAAAUGAAUCUGCUACAAAAUCUAAAGAUUCCAGUGUCAAAAAGAUCCAUUCAGGUGAACAAGUAAUGAGCACCAAGAAGGCAGAUUCGAUCGGUACAGGACGAUCGAGUAGACCCAGAUCGAGUGAAUCCGGACCGAGUAAAUCCGGCUCUUCCAGCCGAAAUUCAUACCCUGAUCUUAACACGACCAAGCGACAAGCGCCCAAAGAUAAAUAUUCAUCUUCAAGCGAAUGCAGCCCCAUCAAAGAAGAGCGCUAG